GUGUGAACGAAUCGCAAUCAGAUCACUGGAGGCAGGGAGACUUGGGGUGGAGACUUCAGAGACUGCAGUUCUAAGAGCAGGUCGAAUUGGCUAUGGAUAAUCCACAUGACUCCAAUCAACAAACUUCAUUUAAUGGAAUUCCAUCCAAAACGAAAAGCAACUUCCUUGUGUCAGAAGAUCAUGGGCAGAAAAUCCUAAGUACACUACAGACUUUUAGAGAACAGAAUGUCUUUUAUGAUUUCAAUCUAAUUGUGAAGGAUGAAAUAAUCCCAUGCCAUCGUUGUGUGCUUGCAGCUUGCAGUGAUUUUUUCAGGGCCAUGUUUGAAGUACACAUGAAAGAAAGAGAUGGUGGAAGCGUGACCAUUACCAAUUUGUCCGCUAAAGCGGUGAAGGCCUUUCUUGACUAUGCCUACACUGGGGAAACAAAGAUCACCGAUGAUAAUGUAGAGAUGUUCUUUCAGUUGUCCUCAUUUCUUCAAGUUCCCUUCCUAGCUCAAGCUUGCAGUGACUUCUUAAUAAAGAGUAUUGAUCUCGUCAAUUGUUUACAGUUGCUGUCAAUAUCAGACAGCUACGGCUCCACCCGUUUGUUUGAGCAUGCAUUAGACUUCGUACAGAAUCACUUUUCUCUGUUGUUUAAAUCCAGUGACUUCUUAGAGAUGAGUUUGGGAGUGCUACAGAAAUGUCUAGAAUCCGAUGGAUUGAAUGUUCCCGAAGAAGAAACUGUCCUGAAAGUGGUCCUUAGCUGGAUUCAACAUGAUUUAGAAUCGAGGCAAAAGCACCUGCCUUGCUUGAUCAAAACCGUGAGACUACAUCAGCUGUCUGUGGAGACACUGCAAGGCUAUCUGCUCAGCGAAGAGCAUUUACUCAAAAGCACAAACUGCUUUGAUAUCAUCACGGAUGCAAUUAAGUGCGUGCAAGAUUCCGGUGGACUUUUCCCUGAUGCUCGACCAUCUACAACCGAGAAGUAUAUAUUUGUUCACAAAACUGAGGAAAACGGAGAAAAUCAGUACACUUUUUGCUAUAAUAUUAAAUCUGAUUCGUGGAAAAUCCUGCCCCAAUCACACCUGAUUGAUUUGCCAGGAUCCAGCCUGUCUAGUUAUGGAGAGAAACUAUUCUUGACAGGUGGCUGCAAAGGGAAGUGUUGUAGAACAGUUCGACUUCAUAUUGCUGAGCCAUGUCAUGAUGCCACUGAUCAAACCUGGUGCUACUGCCCAGUCAAGAAUGACUUGUUCUUGGUAUCAACCAUGAAAACGCCAAGAACCAUGCAUACAUCGGUUAUGGCUGUCAAUAAACUGUUUGUCAUUGGUGGGAAGACUAGAGAAUCUCAGGACAUUAGAAGCCUCUUAGCUGUUGAAUCUUAUGAUCCUCUCUCCAAAGAAUGGGUCUCCGUUAGCCCACUACCCAGAGGUAUAUAUUAUCCGGAAGCAAGCGCAUGCCAGCAUGUAAUUUAUGUUCUGGGAUCAGAGGUAGAGAUCACCGACGCCUUCAAUCCAUCUCUUGAUUGCUUUCUAAAAUACGAUGCUGCCACUGAUCAGUGGUCUGAACUAGUAGCAGAGUUUGGGCAAUUUUUUCAUGCAACACUCAUUAAAGCAGUCCCAGUCAAUUACAGGCUGUACAUAUGUGACCUCUCCACCUAUAAGGUGUACAGUUUUUGUCCAGACACUUGUGUUUGGAAAGGUGAAGGCUCAUUCGAAUGUGCAGGAUUUAAUGCAGGUGCAAUUGGAAUCGAGGAUAAAAUUUACAUAUUAGGUGGUGAUUACGCACCAGAUGAAAUCACUGAUGAAGUGCAGGUCUACCACAGCAGGAGGUCUGAAUGGGAAGAAGUGUCGCCAAUGCCAAGAGCCUUAACUGAAUUUCACUGCCAGGUGGUUCAGUUUAAUAAAUACAGGGACCCUUGGUUUUCUAAUCAUUUCUAAAAGCGAUAUAUGGCUGGACGUUCAAACACUAUCACAGUUCUGAAAACACAGGAAGUGUGUUGGCCGUAGUGAUGGAGGGUGUAGUCCUUAUGUCUUCAUAAACUAUCAUGGUUAUUAGAGAACUACGAUGCAUACCUAUCAUAUGUAUACUAAUAGUUUUCAGAAGCUUCAAAUAUGAAGUGCAUUUUACCAAACAUUGUACUGACUGUCACUUAGGCUUUAUGUAUACUGAAGGCUCUUUGAGGCUUUGAGUUUUACUUUUCCAUGCAAGACUGGUAAAAACACCAAGGUUCACAAAUUUGUAUGUCUUCAUGGGAGAAGUCUCUCUAGGUAAUAGAAAUGUAUCAUUAAACUCUUUAUUACGUGAAGUGAAAAAUAAGAGGUUAGAGUCCUGCUCUAUUAGCUAGGUAUAAAUUAUUAAAAUAAUUUCUGAUAAUAAGUUAAUGCCUUUUAAGCACUUCUUUUCAUUUACCAUAUUUUCAGUCAUAUUUUUUUCUAAAAUGUAAUAUAUUGCCUCACUAUCUGAACAAUACCGUAAUCCAUUUUUUAAAUGAGCCAUCUUUUCAUUAAGAGCACAAUGUACCAUGUAUUAAUGCCAUUAUGUCACUUAGAGUUAUUGAAAUGCUUUUCAAAUUGCUGACUCUAUUAAGUCUCAGUGCCGGUUGGCUUUAGUUUGUAGAAGUAUUAAUAGCCCUCUUCUUAUUUUCUGGCCCAGGCUUAGGAAACAAGCAUUCUUCAUUUAAUUAGUAGUUCUAAGUUAAAUCUGGCCUGACUUCAUCACAAAACUUGUAACCCAUUGAGGGAAGAUCUUAGAACAUGGGAUGGUAUUCCAAGCUACAUUCUCCCUGUCAUUGCGAGGUUCCAACAUAAUGAAGGGAGUAAAACUCGGACCCCUAAAUAAGGUGCAGCUUUUAAAUGUACAAAAUUUAGUUGUAAGAGAUUUCAAGUUUGAAAUCAAUACCAUGUUAAUUUUCUGCAAUAACAAAUAUAUUAACUGUAAAGUACCAUGUUCCUUUACUACAUUAAAUUAUUCAUAAUGAAUUGCUUGUGUUUUAAAAAGUGGCCCAGGCUUUUGGUAUUGAUAGUAAUACUCCUAUUUGCAACACACGUUUGUUUAGACAUGUACACAUCUUUCACCGAAAUCAUGUAAGAGGAUCAGCCACACUUGUUCUCAGCUAGAGUGAUUCUGCCUUGAAUCCCUUGAAAGAAGGGAUUUUGCUUUAAGGCCCCUGAUUUCAGUCUGGAGAAAUACACUGACUGGAUUUCUCUGUAACCAAAUGUAGCUGCCUAGAGCAAACAAACAAAGACCCUCGAUGAGAUCUAUUGGCUGGCUGCAACAAUGGGCUCACAUCAAUAUUUUGAGGAUGGUGAAGGACCAGGCAAUGUACGCAGAGUUGCGCUGAGUUGGAUCCAAUUUGACAGCUGCUAACACGGUAGAAGGAUCACUGAUAGUACAAUGGUUAAGAGCUCAUCUACUACUGAAAGGUCUGAUCACUGAAAAGCCAGUGGUUUGAACACACGAGCUAUUCCACAGGUGAAAAGAUCUAAGAUCUAAUGAUCUGCCCAUCUUAGGAGACUACAACGCAUGUUGUUGCUGUCUAUGCUGACUCAGUGACCGUGUGCGACAGAGUAGAAUUGUGCCGUUGGGUUACACUUAUUCCUUUGCC